AUGGAUGCUGAUAGACUUGCUAUGAUUGGUGCACUAGUUCAGCAACAGAAUCAGAACCUACUCAGAUUGCAACAAGCUGUUGACAGAAAGAGAAGAGAGAGAAGAAGGAGAGACAGGGUUGUGUGGGUAAGACAGUGGAUACUGAGAAGGCCUGAACAUGGACUGUAUGAGAAACUGAUGGUGGAGCUGAGGAAUGAGGAUCCACGAGCCUUUCAACACUUCAUGAGGAUGCCACCAGCCAUGUUUGAUGAACUUGUACAGAGGCUGACCCCCAGAUUGACCAAGCAAGACACCAACUACCGUGCAAGCCUGGAACCAGGUCUCAAAGUGGCAAUCACCCUACGGCACCUAGCCUCUGGUAAAACCUACAGAAACAUGCAGUAUGCCUGGAGGGUUCCCCACAACACCAUCAGUGUGGUUGUCAGAGAAGUGGUAGAGGCCAUCAUUGAGGAGUACACAGAUGAACUCUUGUUUUGCCCAACAACUGAACAAGGAUGGAGAGACCUGGCUGACCAAUGGUACCAGAGAUGGAACUUUCCCCACACAGUUGGUGCUAUUGAUGGCAAGCACGUGGCCUGUAAAGCUCCUCGUAACUCUGGCUCAGAAUUCUACAACUACAAGGACUUUCACAGCGUGAUCCUCUUUGCCAUGGUGGAUGCUGACUACAAGUUCACCUACAUUGACGUCUCAGGCAACGGCUCAUCCUCAGACGCUCAGAUCUACAACGAAAGUGAUCUCCAUCGUGUGCUGGACCAGAACAGUAUCCAUGGCUUUCCUCAGCCAGACCCCCUACCCAAUGACAAUCAGGAUGUGCCUUACUUAUCUUAUCAUCGGGGAUGA